AAAUUCCACAGGCAUUAAUGGCCGCCGCGUUCCCCGAUUUUGCCACUCUCUCUCUUUCUCUGUCGCCGUGCAGUUCCGUCCGACGGUCCUCCCUCUCUCUAGACUCCGUCGGAUUAGAUCAGAUCAGAUCAGAUCUGCCCCAGUUUCCACCAGAUUCCCCAAACCGACAACUCCAUUACUCAAUCCUUCCCUCCUCCCGUUUAAGACCACGCUACGCUACGCUACGCCCAAUUGGCAAUUGGGAUGUGAGUGAGCGAGUGAGCGAGCAAGCAAGCAAGCGUAUUCCACGACUACACCCCAACCCCUCCCUCCCACUUUACUCCUCCACUCCUUAUCUAAUUUCGUCCCGUGACUCAUCUUCCAAUCCUCUCUCUCCUUCAAAUCAAUUCUCCGAUCCAACAAGAUUGUUUGUCUGUUUCUCUGUUGACUCACUCCUUAAAUAAAUAAAGAUGCUUCUUAGAAAGCCUAUUAAGCCCAUGCCGCGGCCUUCCCAUUCCCAUUCCCAUUCCCACUCCAAUUCCAAUCCCCUCUGUCCCAACCAAUUUCACCCUUCCAAUUCCAAAUUCCUUUUCAUAGCUAUGGCAGCCUUCCUCUUACUCUUUCUCUCUCUCCUCCUCUUCUUCACUCUCUCCUCCGCCUCCUACCACCACCACCACCACCACCCGCUGCCCAAGGACGACGCCGGACCACCCUCUUCCGAAAACAUCAUCAACGAGACCUGCAAGGCAUCACGUGAUCCCGCCACGUGCCAGGCCUCCCUCUCCCAGGCGGGUCACGUGCCGCCGUCCCCGUCCGUGUUGCAGGUGAUCCAAUCGUCACUAUCUAUCUCCUCGACCCAUCUCAACGCCGGGCGCGGCAUGGUUCAGGAAAUCCUGAACGCGUCCGCACCCAAUCAGAACCGUACGAUCGGUGCCAAGACCUGCCUGGAGCUGCUGCGUUACUCCGAGUACCGGAUGAAUCUGGUGGCUGAGGCUCUGCCGCGUGGCAAGCUCAAGGACGCCCGGGCCUGGAUGACCGCCGCAUUGGCCUACAACUACGACUGCUGGUCCACGCUCAAGUACGUGAACGACACCUCCCUCGUCGAUAAAACCAUGUCGUUUUUCUACACCUCUCUGAUCCCCUCCACCAGCAAUACUCUGGCAAUGAUGGUGAAUUACGACGUCUUCACCGACAAGACAGCUUCGUGGAGUCCGCCCAAGACCGAGCGCGACGAUUUCUGGGAACCCGGCUCAGAAUCAUCAUCAUCGUCGUCGUCUGGUUUUGUCGGCGGCGUCCCGCGGGGGCUUAACCAUGACGUGACUGUGUGCAAGGGCGGCGCCGGCGCGUGCAAUUUCGAGACGGUGCAAGAAGCGGUGAACGCCGCCCCGGACAACUCUGGGGCCGGUAGCCAUUUCGUGAUUUGGAUUAAGGCAGGGGUGUACGAGGAGACUGUCCGGGUUCCGUUGGAGAAGAAGAAGGUGGUUUUCUUAGGGGAUGGAAUGGGGAAAACAGUAAUUACAGGGGCCUUGAAUGUCGGCCUGCAGGGCGUGUCCACCUACAACUCUGCCACUUUGGGUGUUGUGGGCGAUGGAUUUAUGGCGAGUGGCUUGACGAUCCAGAACACGGCAGGCCCCGAAGCUCACCAAGCAGUAGCAUUCCGAUCAGACAGCGAUCUCUCUGUGGUAGAAAAUUGCGAAUUCCUCGGCAAUCAAGACACCCUCUAUGUCCACACCUUACGACAGUACUACAGAUCAUGUCGAAUCCAAGGCAAUGUGGACUUCAUAUUUGGAAACUCUGCUUCUUUCUUCCAAGAUUGUGUGAUCCUUGUUGCUCCCCGACAGCUGAGACCUGAGAAGGGGGAGAGCAAUGCAGUGACAGCCCAUGGGCGAACCGAUUCUGGUCAAUCGACAGGCUUCGUCUUCCAGAAUUGUGUGAUAAACGGCACCGACGCGUACAUGGGUUUGUAUCACAGCAAACCGGCAGUGCACAAGAAUUAUCUGGGGCGGCCAUGGAAGGAAUACUCGAGGACAGUGUUCAUUGGAUGCACCAUGGAAGCUCUUAUCCAUCCCGACGGAUGGAUGCCCUGGAGUGGAGAAUUUGCAUUAAACACCCUGUACUAUGGAGAAUUUGAAAACAGGGGACGGGGGUCAGAUGUAUCGAAACGAGUAAGGUGGAGCAGCCAGAUCCCGGCAGAGCAUGUUCAUAGUUAUUCAGUUCAAAAUUUCAUUCAAGGGGAUCAAUGGAUCCCCACCUCCUCCUGAUCAUUACUGUUACUGUAUCUCUGUGUGUUAAGCUCUCUCUCUCUCUCUCUCUCUCUCUCCCUCUCUCUCUCUAUAUAUAUAUAUAUAUAUAUUUAUAUUUAUAUUUAUAUAUAAAUGCAAAGAUUAAGCCGAUGCAUUGUUUUUCUA